GAGAGUUAUUCCUCCUAAGCUUUCUUUCUUUUCAAGGGUACUUUAAGAGGUGUUGAAAACACAAAAGAGGAUAUUAUAGAAAUGAGAAAAAAGUUUUUUUAAAAAAAAAGCAAUAUAAUGCAUAAAAACUUGGGUUUUUUGUGGCUGUCACCUGAAACUAUUCUUGUUGUUUGGAGGGAGUUCAGAAUUAUGGGGAGGAGAUUAAAUUAAUACACUCUUAAUCUUGGGAUUUUAAAGCCCAAUUUUUUUAUAUAUAUAAUUAUAUUUAUCUUUACUUAAUUAUAUUAUGCACAUAUUAUUACUUAAAUGUGUGAUAUAAGCAUGGAAUCUUCAAAUCUUCAUCAACAACAUAAUCAUCAUCAUCAUCAUCUUCAAGAUCAUCAACUUAUUGCAGAUUCUUCUUCUAAUAAUCCACCUUCUUUGCCUUCUCCAUGUUUUAGUGUUGCAGAAAAUGAACAUGCUUGGAGAACUCCCACUUUCUUUUUGAACAAUAAUGGCAAUAUCCAUGCAACUUGUGGUGAAGAUGCUCCUACUUCUCUUAACAAUUCCCUAAUACAAGAAGUAGGUUUUCCUUGGCCUAAUGAUCAUAUUGCCAUUAAUCAAUCUACUCCUCACCAAGAACAUCAUCAUCAACUUAUCGCCGACAAAAUUAAGGAAGAACAAUCACCAUCAACCUCCUCAGAUCACCAUGAUAAUCCUACUUUCGCGAAAUUUAGUGACAUGUUAAGCUCCUCAACUUCAUCACCAAGUGAAAUGCUUCUUCUCAAAAACACAUUAUCUCCUACUUUCAAAAACCAUAUGCUUUCUAAUAAUAGAAAUCUUCAUAAUCAACCUUCAACAUUUCAACCAAAUAUACAACAAUUUCAUCAAAAUACUAAUAAAAGCAUUAGUACUACUUUCAGCCAGAUUUUUCCUAGUGUAAAUAUUUCGAACAUGAACAACAAUAAUAUGUCUUCACCAAUAUCUUCAAGUUCAAGCACAAUUGAUCCUCAGAUGGCUAAUAAUGCUCAAAAUGGUUUCGAUCUAUUCGCUACUGCUCGAUUUCUAAGUGGAGAGACUCUUAACAAUCAUUCCUCUCCAAGUAAUAAUCUCCUAGAGCUGUUUGAAGGUAGUCCUCGGUUCAAAGUUGAUCAUGAUAUGCAACAGUCUAAUGAUCUCAAACUUUGCAACUUUCCUAAUAAUAAUCUUUCAUCUUUUAACAAUAAUAAUGGAGUCAUCCCAGCUAAUUCAAAGAACUACAUUAUGGAGCAACAAUCAACUCAUCAUCAAAUGUCAUCUAAAAAACCACGCUUCGAACCACGCGCUUCUUGCCCUCCUUUUAAGGUAAGGAAAGAGAAGUUAGGAGAUAGAAUCGCGGCACUUCAACAACUAGUGGCACCCUUUGGCAAGACAGAUACAGCUUCAGUGUUGAUGGAAGCGAUUGGAUACAUCAAAUUCCUCCAAAACCAAGUUGAGACACUAAGUGUUCCAUACAUGAAGUCAUCAUGUCACAACAAAAGCUCCAAUACUACUCAAAGGGUUAAAGAAGAUGAAUUUUGUGAGAGUGAUGAAUCAAUAUUAAAAGACGACUUAAGAAGCCGAGGAUUAUGUCUUGUGCCUCAAUCAUGCAUGUCCUAUAUUAAUUUAGCAAGUGAUGCUGCCAUUAAUGGUGGUAUUUGGCCAUCUCCUAAUUUUAAUCCUGCUGGCUUCUAAUUAUAACUUUUAAAAAAUGUGUAAAAAGAAAAUAUAUACGAGUAUUUAGUAAUUAUAUAUAUAUGUUAUUUGUAUGAUUAAUGGAGCAAACUUGGUCAUCUUGAAUGAAUUCAUAAUAUCGAGAUAGACCACGUUUGAUCCAUUUUUUAUUUUUCUAAGGCAUAAUAUAUAAUUA